AUGUCACAAUGUAAUUCGGGGUUAGCUUUCAAAAAAACAAGACCGCGCAUCGCAUUUAUUUCGCAUGAUUCAGCGAUAGCCACUUUUUUUCAUAACCCGGAACAAGGCUCUCGAGACGCUGCCAAUAUAGUUGAUGUCGAUAUUGUCUGGAAUCGCUAUUUAACCACCACCGAGGCUAGUAUGCCACACGAUAUUAUCCAAGCAGUCAACAACAAGAUGGAUGGCAUCAUUUGUUCUAUUCCCAAUACACAGGUCUAUAAUGCAAUACAAUACGCGCUCUCUAAAAAUGUGCCCGUCAUUGUCUUCAAUUCAGGCUUAGACUAUGCAAAGUCUCUAGGUCUAACACGAGUCAUGCAAGAUGAUUUUGAGGCGGGUUUGCUCUUGGGGCAACAAGUCGCAAAAGGAAAUUUCACUAAAACCUUAGCAGUUCAGUUAUCAAGCAUGGAGGAGGAACAGAGCUCUCAAAGAUUGAAUGGUUUCCAACAAGCUAUGUCGACAAAAGGAAUGGAUGUUUUCAAAAUCACUGAUAACGUAACGAAUAGCACCUUUACACCGGCUCAAUUGAUUAUGGAUGCAUUUAGAAAUGGUACAUAUGAUUCAAUUAUCUCUUUAGGCGGUUCCACAUGUGCAGACAUGGUUGCAACAGCAAUGCUGAAUAUGAAGCAUACCUAUCCAAAUAUGGCACUUGCUUCUGGAUUCUUUGAUCUAGGAGGGAAUAAUAUGACUGCAUUAUUUCAUUUAGAACAAAACACUUUUGCUGUUACUCAAUUGCCCUACUACCAAACUGCAUUGCCUGUGUUCUACAUGUAUCUUAGGCUGCUAACAGGCCAUGAGGUUUACUAUAACAAGACAAUCAAGACAGGACCAAACCUGAUUACAAAUACAACUCUGCCCAGGGUGCUACAGAACGAACAAAAUUCUUUAAUCAAUAUAAACGAUAAGUCCGGAUCUGUUGGUGCUCUUGUGCCGAAUACGUACGGGGAUACUUACAAUGCUGCCAUGAUGGCGGGUGUAGUCAGUUUGGCACAUAAAUUAAACUGGACUGUAUCCAAUACAUUGGAGGAUGGUCCAUUAGGCGAUCCAGAUAUGUUUCAACAGAACUUGGAUUCAUUUGCUGAAGAACAUAAUAAUAAGGCGAUUAUCAUCCAAACAAGUGACCGCACAUUACUCGAUUAUGCCGCCAACAAAAGCAAAAACGCACCUGAUACAGGCAUGGCUUCCCUGGGAUACUUUUAUGAAAAGUUUAACCAGACAUACCCUGAUUUCUCAAAUGUAGGUAUGGAUAUCAUAGAGCUCGCAAAAUCAAUUGCUUUUGCUGUGCUAGAGGAUGGAAACACCAAGCCGAUUUGUAUAUCAGACCGAACAUCGACUGCAACUAGCCCAUUUUGUCAUUACUUUUACCAAGAAUUUGCAGGAGGUAGAGACAAGCCUACAUUGGAUCAGGUUGUACAUUCGGUCAAUAUAUCUUUUUUCGGCGCUAUGGAGAAUGAAUUUUUAGCCAUCUUGACUAGAUUGAAUGAUAAUGGAUACCAACCUGACAGCUUUAUUACUUUUUCGGAACACGUUUUUAAUAUCAUUAAUAAUCGCAUGCUCAAGGGAUAUCUAUCCAAUGAUACUGCAGUGUAUACUGCCGGAGAAUUAUUUGAUCAAAAUCAAGCAUUUUUAGAGGGACGAGUAAAAGGACUAUGGGCAACCAACAUGUUCUCAAUUGGCUUCAUGUCAUUACUUGACGUUGUAUUAAACCGUGUGAUGACCAGUUUUCCAUCUUGGGAAAGUGCACUGAUAUCAGCACCUCGAGUAACCAGAAUAUGUGACCCGGGCACAUAUCAUACCAAUCUUACAACGAGUGCAUAUUGCCAAGACCUUGAAGGCAACACUCAAAGAUCGAUUCAAUGUAUAAAGUGCCCUGAAAAUACGUAUUCUUCUCAACCUAAUCAAGAUAGGUGUUUAGAGUGUGAAUAUGGAACAUAUGCUCCAUUGGGUUCUUCUGAAUGCAUCUCAUGCUACAACACAUCACAGUUACUGAACCCUACAAUAUGUCUAAAUUACAUUGCAGCUCAAGAUGAGUCUCGUGGUCUGGUGUGGUACUUUAAAAGAAGAUUCUUAAAGCAGCGAGCACUAGGUAGCGACGGAACAUGGCUACUAUCAUUGGAUGAAUUAGUGCAACCCUUAUCAAUCGAGAAUAUUUCUAGAGAUGGCUCAUUUAAAAAGGAAAAACAAAGGGAUAUCGUGAUAGGCGCUAGUAGCAGGGUCUUAUUAGGCGGAUCUUCCACCUCCUCACGCCCUAGCUCAAUUAAAAGAUCCAGUACACCAAUGACAGAAGAGAAGAUAUACAAUACAAACCGAUUGUCAAUGGGCGCCGUCACUUCAUCUUCUUCUAUACCUGAAAAUCACGGGUCAGAUUUAAAUUUAAUUGGCACCACUUCUACUUCACAACAACAAGGGGGUGAAAUUCAUCAUAAACGAGGAGGCUCAAAAGGUGAUGGGUUAAAAUUACAGUUUGAUCAGCCUAGGCUUAUCCACGCUCUUGGGUUUUAUCGAAAUUUACCGGUCUACAUUAAGCAAAUUGGAUUUAAAAAAAUUAGAGUUGAUGCAAAAGUACGCAAAGAAGUAUCCUUGAUGAAAAAUGCAAGACACCCUAACCUAAUUGAAUUUGUUGGAUUAAUACUGGAACCUCAACGUGCAUUUAUUGUAGAAGAAUAUUGCACAAAGGGGUCGUUAUCCGAUGUACUUGCAAAUCCCGACAUUAACCUAGCUUGGAUAUUCAGAUUCUCCCUUAUCAAUGAUUUAAUUAGCGGGAUGAGGUUUUUACAUCGAUCGAAAUUUUUACAUCACGGUUGUUUAACCUCGAAUUCGUGUAUGAUUACAGGUCGCUGGGAGCUCAAAAUUUCCAAUUAUGGACUGGAUUACAUUAAAAGUACACAAAUAGAAUCAGUAGAUCCUCUUGUCAGAAAACUGCCCAUUGAAGAAAAUGAUGCCCAUAUCUUGAAAUCAACAAAAAAUUUACUUUGGAUGGCUCCUGAGUCUGUCUUCGAGACUAACUGUCAUGCUUAUGUCAUUCAUCCAACUAGAGAAGCAGACGUUUACAGUGCUGGUAUUAUCAUUAACCAAAUUCUUACCAGAGAAACACCUUACGCUUUACAAAUACGUGAAAACAACACUCCAGAAAUGAUAUUCAAGCAAGUAUGCGAGAGAGAUCUUAGACCCCGUAUGCAGCCACCUGGUCAAGAUGAAUUUACAGAUGGUAUGAAUAUGAUUGUUUCGGACUGUCUUCAAAGGAACAUUGAUGCAAGACCGUCAUUUACUGCAAUAGGGAAUCGUGUCGAAGAAAUUGACCCUUACUUCUGUGGCUCUGGCUCUGUAAUAGAUAAUAUGGCCAUGUUGCUGGAAAAGUAUGCAAACGACAUGGAAAAUUUGGUUAAAAAACGUACUUUUCAUCUCCAGCAAAGAACACUGGAAUUAGAAGAAGAACGUGCAAGAACCGAAACUCUAUUAAAAGAUUUAAAAUAUGCAAAGGAAGUGGCAGAGGCUGCAGCUGCAUCAAAACAAAACUUUUUGGCAAACAUGUCUCAUGAGAUCAGGACUCCUAUGAACGCUGUAAUUGGUAUGUCACGUACAUUGAUGGAAAGUGAUCUUCCUCCAGAUUUAUAUGAAUGUGCAGAAACCAUUGAAUCCUCUGGAAAUCAUUUGAUGGCUUUAAUUGAUGAUAUUUUGGAUUAUUCCAAAAUAGAGUCAGGGAAACUCUCUUUGGAAAGAAGUAUGCUGGAUCUUACCUAUGUCAUUGAGAGUGCCAUGAAAUUACUUUCAUCGAAUUAUCUCAGCAAGGGCCUUGUACUAUGGUAUAACAUUGCUCCUGAUUUACCCAUUCAUGUAAUUGGGGAUCUUGUACGUCUUCGACAGAUUCUGUUAAAUUUGUUGUCCAAUGCUUUUAAAUUUACAGCGUCAGGCCAUGUAUAUGUAUCUGUUGAGCCAUACCAUCCCAAUUCAAACGCCCCCUCUUUCCAAGAGGAUGACUCAAAUAUCGCAUUGGUGGCACAAAGUCCGUCUAUAGUUGAGGAUAACAUAAACCCUUUGGAAAUGGUUCAGUACCUCUUUUCAGUAAAAGAUACUGGUAUUGGAAUUCCAAAAACGAAGGCCAGUAAACUUUUCAAAUCUUUCUCUCAGGUGGAUGCAUCCACAACCAGGAACUUUGGCGGAACAGGGCUAGGCUUGGCUAUCAGUAAAAAACUUUGUAAGAUUAUGGGUGGUGAUAUGUGGGUCGAAUCAGAAGAAGGGCAGGGAUCUACAUUUUUCUUUAAUGUAAAACUUCAAGCACAGACCAACUCAAAAACAUACAGCCAAGAAUUUAAUUUAAAAGAUAUCUCUCAAAAGUGUCCUCGUCCGCUGGUUAUCGCCGAUAGAGAAAGUGUUCGCAUUGAAUGGAACUCGUUAUUAAGUAAUAUGGGCAUUUCCUCCGUCACUUCCAUGACAAUUCUGGACGCGGAGAAAUAUUUGGAAAAGGUGUCAAAAGAACAUAUUUCCCUUUUGAUUAUUGACACGGACUUUGAUCUAGUCAAUAAUGCUGAUAGCGGAAAGAUGUUGACAGCAACCAGCCAACUGACAUUGAGUCGCUUUCAAAAUAAUUUUAGCUGGAUUCAACUUAUACCCACUUUGUGUAUCACAGAUAGCCGAAUGAUGCGUUCUAGAAAGCGAGUAUCGGAAGAACUCGAGGCUAACUUUUCCUCCUCAGUAAUCCAACACCCUCAAGGCUCAAUUGAACCUCUUCCUACUCCCCACGAAGAGAAAGUUAACCCUUUGGAGGUCUCUGUGAUACCUAAUCCAUCUACGACCGUAAAAGAGAAUAAUGUUUUACAUCUUAGUAUCAAAAAGCCUUUCAAAAACUCGGCAUUAAUCGAUGUUUUGCAUGAGCUUUUAUCCAAUGAUGGAAGGCCCCCUACUCCAAGAAAACAACGACUGGGGUCUGUUGGGUCUAUUGGAACACAUGGACGCUUGUCAAGAAAGACUACUGGUAUAAGCCAAAAAUCGAACCGUACUUCUGAACAAUCGAUUGACGACCUGAGCUUGAUCAAGACACUUGUUGUGGACGACAAUCCAGUAAAUCUCAAGGUACUUUCUCGUAUGUUGACACAGAUCGGUAUUUCUUCCACGCAAGCAAAUAAUGGUCGUGAAGCAUAUGACACUGUACUAAAAGCAUCCAAAACCGAACAACCCUUCCAGCUGAUAUUUAUGGACAUUUGGAUGCCUGAAUUAAACGGUUUAGAAGCCUCUGAAAAAAUCCGUAAGGAAGCAGCGUCGUCAUCAACAUUGCCUUAUAUCAUCGCAUUGACAGCAUGUGUUAUGCCUGGUGACAGAGAUAAAUGUAUAGAGGCUGGCAUGAAUGGAUAUGUGAGCAAACCCAUACGAAAAGAAGAACUAGAGGCUUCCAUACACACAUUUACACAAACAGUGUCAAAUCCUGAGCUUUAA